UAGUGAGUUGUUAUUAAAUAUCUAAAGGAUGAGACAGUAAUAAGGAUUAAAAAGUUGUAGAAAACAUUGAACUGACUUUAUUAUUUGAAAAAUGUUGUGGGACACAUCCUCAUCUUCAUCAAGCGAGAGUGAUUACGAAGAACCUGAAAGGCCUGUACGGAGAAUUCGUUUCAUCCGGGACCGUGAAAAUCCAUUUGAGAUGUUGGAUGAAUAUGACUUUAAAAAAAGGUUUCGCUUAAAUAAAGCUACUGUUACUUAUCUAGUACACACAAUUGGAGAUAGAGUCGCACCUAAGACGCAGCGGAACAAAUCCUUGAGUGCACAAACCCAAUUUUUAAUUGCCCUCCGAUUUUAUGCAACGGGUGACUUUUUGGAACUCGUCGGCGAUUGGAUGCACGUCCACAAAUCCAGCAUCUGCAGAAUUAUCCAAAAAGUCACACGCGAAAUUGCUCGACUCUCUCAAGAACAUAUUAAGAUGCCGAGGACCGUUGAGGAGUUGGUAGCAACCAAAAGAAAUUUUUUUCAAAUUGCUGGUUUUCCUCGUGUUGUGGGUACUGUGGAUUGUACCCAUGUUGGCAUCCAAUCGCCUGGUGGUGCAAAUGCAGAACUGUACCGAAAUCGAAAAGGGUACUUUAGUAUUAACGUCCAGGCCGUUUGCGACGCCAAUUUGAAAUUAUUACACAUCGUUUCUCGAUGGCCGGGAUCGGUACACGACAGUACGAUUUUUAAUAAUUCGCCUCUUCCUGUCGACUUUYGAAUGGGGAGAUAUGGUAAUGGGUAUCUAUUKGGUGACGGUGGAUAUCCUUGCCAACAAUACCUCCUCACUCCAUUUCAUGAGAAAUCACCAAUAUUCUACUACCGGGUGACCAUUAAUGAUCGUGAAGAUGAGACAGUGGUAGCCCACAGCGCCACCUGUCAGUGUGUGGGGAAUCUAGACCUUCACACCGGGCGCUGGGAAUUUGCAAAGCAAAUCUCCCAAAGCGCCCACCGGGAGUGGUAA